UUUGUUAUCUCCGAGGUCGUCUUUCCCAUCAUCAUAGUCUACUUUCUCAUCUCCGAAGCCUCCUAUCCAAUCUCCGAAGCCUCCAUUCCCAUCUUCGGGGCCGCCUUUCCCAUCUCUCGAGCCUCCUUUCUCAUCUCUCGAGCCUCCUUUCUCAUCUCGGAAGUCUUCUUUCACAUCACCCAUGCCGUUUUUCCCAUCACUCAAGCCUUCUUUCUCAUUUUUCGAGACUCCUAUCCCAUCUCCGAAUCCGCCUUUUCUAUCUCUCAAGCCUUCUUUCCCAUCUCCGAAUCCGUCUUUCCCAUCUCUCAAGCCUCCAUUCCCAUCUCUCGAGCCUCCAUUCCCAUCUCUCGAGCCUCCUAUCCCAUCUCCCAAGCCUCCAUUCCCAUCUCUCAAGCCUCCUAUCCCAUCUCUCGAGCCUCCUAUUCCAUCUCCGAAUUCGCCUUUUCCAUCUCUCAAGCCUCCUUUCCCAUCUCCGAAUCCGCUUUUCCCAUCUCUCAAGCCUCUUAUCCCAUCUCUCGAGCCUCCUAUCCCAUCUCCUAA